AUGACCAAAAUUGCCAUUAACGGAUUCGGAAGAAUUGGUAGACUUGUUUUGAGAAUCGCCCUUUCCAGACCCUCGAUCGAAGUGGUGGCCAUCAAUGACCCUUUCAUUGGCACAGACUACGCUGCGUACAUGUUGAAAUACGACUCCACACAUGGUAGAUACCCUGGUACUGUUUCUAGCGAGGGCAACUCUCUAGUAGUGGAUGGCCAUAAGAUUGCCGUAUUCCAGGAAAAGGACCCUGCCAAUCUGCCAUGGGGCAAACUAGGCAUCGAUAUCGCCGUGGACUCGACCGGUGUUUUCAAAGAGCUGGACUCGGCGCAAAAGCACAUUGAUGCCGGAACCAAAAAGGUUGUCAUCACUGCUCCUUCCUCCACGGCUCCCAUGUUUGUGAUGGGCGUCAACGACGAUUCUUACAAGAACGAGAAAAUUGUAUCCAACGCUUCGUGCACCACCAAUUGUUUGGCUCCCUUGGCUAAGAUCAUUAACGAUGAAUUUGGCAUCGAAGAAGGUCUUAUGACUACCGUUCACUCGCUAACGGCUACUCAGAAGACUGUGGACGGACCAUCUCACAAAGACUGGAGAGGUGGUAGAACUGCCUCCGACAACAUCAUUCCUUCGUCCACUGGUGCCGCCAAGGCCGUGGGCAAAGUGCUACCAAUUCUGCAGGGUAAACUGACAGGUAUGGCAAUUAGAGUUCCUACAGUGGAUGUUUCCGUUGUCGAUUUGACUGUCAAAUUGGCCAAGCCUACUACCUAUGAUCAAAUCAAAGCCGCAGUCAAGAAAGCAUCGGAAGGCAAACUGAAGGGUGUUAUGGGCUACACAGAAGAUUCUGUUGUUUCCUCAGAUUUUUUGGGCGAUCCUCAUUCCUCCAUUUUCGACGCCAGCGCUGGUAUCAUGUUGUCGCCAAAGUUCGUCAAGUUGGUGUCCUGGUAUGACAACGAAUAUGGUUACUCAACGAGAGUCGUCGACUUGAUUGAACAUGUCUCCAAGGCUUGA